AUGGCCGUCACAGAACCCAUGAAGCGCUCCAAUUAUGAGUUGGCACGAGGCAUUAAUGCCAUCUCCUCCAACAGCUUGGCCAAGACCAACGGUCGUGUGUUCGCCCACAGCGCCGCCAACAACAAGGUGAUGGCCCAGAAGGUCCCCGCGCGAACCACACACUCAACGAAGAAGUGGUAUCCUGCCGACUACAUACCCAAGCCGCUGCCAUCCGCCAAGACCAAACGCAACAGCGUCAAAACUGCCAAGCUACGCAAGUCCAUUACGCCCGGCACGGUGCUUAUUCUGCUCUCCGGGCGCUUCCGCGGCAAGCGUGUGGUCUUCCUCAAGCAGCUGCCAUCGGGCACACUGCUCAUCACGGGCCCGUACAAGGUGAACGGUGUGCCACUGCGUCGUGUGAACCAGGCCUUUGUCAUUGCUACGUCGACUCGAAUGGAUCUGUCGGACGUGCAGCUUCCGGAGAUCGACGAUGAGUAUUUUACGAAGGACAAGCCGGCUAAGAAGAGCAGCAAGGAGGAACGCUUCUUUGCAGCACAGCAAACCUCGACCGCGCCAGUAAUUGCGGAACAGCGCAAGAAGGACCAGAAAAUAGUGGACGCUCUGCUACUGAAGAAGCUUGCGAACGAGCCGUAUCUGCGCGCGUACCUGAAUGCCAAGUUCACGCUGACCAAGAACGAUCGUGUGCACGAUAUGCGCUUCUAA